AUACGCGUGGGGGACGGUUGUACGCUCCGGCUGUUCGUCCGACAUUCACGCGGGCAACUGGGUCACGGGGUACGUUUUCAAAUAGACGGAUAACUAAAGGUGUUGUGUUGUGAUCGCUUGUUGUGGAAGUGUUUUGUUAUUAAUAACAGUGAAAUAACAAGCUAGCGGCUCUUUUGAAGUAACCGUGAUGCGUGCGUGAGCGCAGCGCAUGACGUGCUACGAAACGUUGAAAGCUUCGGCACCCGCCGCGGACGCCCCCAUGGCGCACCACUUCGUCAAGUGGUGGCGCAACAAGUUUAGAAAUGGAUACAAGAAAUUUAGCAUUGGUACUGAGAGCGAGAGGACAGAUACUGAGGAGCUGGUCGGUCGCGCGGCUUCUCAGUGCUCGGCGCCUCCAGACCUGCUCCCCAGCGAGGCGCGCGCACUGCUCAACCCCAGCACGCCACCGCCGCUGCCAGCGCGAGCACACGAGCGCACCCGGUUGCCGCCAUCGCCGCGCACACCUGACGUGCACGAGGAUAAACCUAGGCUACGAUUCGAGGAGUUGACAUGCGACGUAGAGCUGCAGCACCCGGCGCCCUCCAAGCAACAGCCGCUACAGUUUUCCUUCACGUUGUACGACCUCGACGGACACGGCCGCAUGACUAAGGAUGACAUAGCUGGAAUAGUGUCAACUAUAUACGAGUCGAUCGGGAAGUCGGUGACCGUUCCGCAUUACGGGUCGAAAACUAUUCAAGUGCGACUAACGGUGGUGCCCGAGGACGGGCGGCGGCGACACGAUCGCGACCGGCGAGAGGGCAGGCGACGUCGGAGGAGGGAACAGGCGCAGACUGCACCCGUCGAGUGUGACAACAGUGAUGAAGACCACGAAAGACUAUCAUUUGACGAUGACGCGUCGUCAAAAUCUUCGUGCUCCGGAGACCGAAGACCGCAAAGACCUCCGCCUACAAGACAGAAGACCCACCGCCACCCACGCAGAGAGCAUCGUGAACACAAACAUACCAAGAAGCGCUCCGGCAGCCUGCAGCGGCGCGAACUCCUCGAGAUCAUACAGGCCAACAUGGAAAAAAAUCACCUGAGCUUUCAGACUUCCAGAAAGCCCAGUGACCCUGGCAUCGAAGAGGAGAUCACGCCCAAACACCAGAAGCAUCGGAACAGAUCGCACACGAUCAGCGAGAAGCCGGCUCAUGCAUUCCAGAGGAUAAAGUGCGAUAAUUCAGCCGAUGGGUACUUAGAGCUAGCUGGAGGCGACUCUAACCUCUGCAGGUACGACCGCUACCUCCACGCAGUCAUCUGCUCCUCAACCAAACACGCACAUACUGGAUAUCACCACAAACAAGCACAACAUAAGACUAAAGUCCAUAUGAACAAGCGUUCCCGGUCACACGACCUUCCCGGACAAACACAUUCACAUCAACCCCGAGUCCUGCAAAUUAUAUUCUUAUAGAAAUUAAUAUUGGACUCUGUCUCGACUUUGUCCUCUAAGUGAGUAUAAACUGUGGUUACCAAGACAUGUACAGAUAAUGUUUGAAUGUGUAAGUAUAAUUAUGGACUAUGAAUGUGGAACCUAAAUAUUAAGCUAUCAAUGAGUUACAUCACACAUUAUCAGUAUUUACUACAAAUGUAAUGAAAAGGAAUUAAUAGACAGUUAUGAAUAAAAUGUUACUAUGUGUGUACAAUCUGUAUUAAAACAAU